UUUUUCAAAGGAGGGCAGUCUGCUUUGUGCGUGCCCUCCCCCCAGAGGUAACUGGGUGACAGUUGAGGUUGUUGUUGUGUAACAGAUCCAGACUUGCUCGGCUUCUGCAGUCACCACAUAAUCAGUAACUCAGCAAAGAUGGCAGAGCUGAUGGAAAAUGAGGUGUUUAUGGCUUUCACCACUUAUGCGGCUAUUGUUAUUCUGAAGAUGCUACUGAUGGGCCCAAUGACUUCAUACUACCGCAUCACCACCGGGUCUUUCUCUAAUGAGGAGGAUGUGGUUUUAAAGCAUUCAGAGGACAAGAAGAAGCUGCUGAAAAUUCACCCAAAUGUGGAACGAGUUCGAAGGUGUCACCAGAACGACCUGGAGAACAUCAUUCCCUUCGUGGUUGUCGGUCUACUUUACGCUCUGACUGGACCUGAGCUUUCAGUCGCUCUUCUUCAUUAUCGCCUUUUUGCUGGCGCUCGGAUCUUCCACACCAUUGCCUACGUUGGUGCUCUGCCUCAGCCGAGCAGGGCUCUGGCCUGGAUAGUGGGCAUGCUGGUCACCUUCUCAAUGGCUUACAGAGUGCUCAGCACAGUUCUUCUCCUAUAGAAACCACAGAGCUUGAUACUCUGAGCACAAGCUCACUUUCUUAAUGACAUGUGAACAUGUUUACAUUUCUCUUGCUGCAGCUGUGAGCUUGACUAAUAAACCUUCUUUGUAUGACCUUUUGUUCAUUGGAAAUGACCAGCUUUGUGUCUGGGUUCUCUUGAGGUACUGAAGUUGCAGCAAAACAGAAAUGCAACUUUGUAAGUGUGCAACACUUUCUGUGAAGCAUUUCAAACAAAAAAUAAAAAACAACAGAUAACAAAAAAUUGUUGUCUGGUGAUUCAUGUGUUUUAAAAUAACAGCAUGGCUUUCUAAUUCUUGGAAUAUAAAUCAGUAGUGUGUUGCACUGGUGAGGUGAAAGCUUGUCCCACAGAUUACAAAACAGGUUAAAAUCCCAACAUUUGUGCCAAACUGACCUUUAGACUGGCUUUGCUGGUUAAGGCAAAAACGACUUGAUUCAUAUUCUGCUGCAUUAACCCCUUAACUGGCAGCAAAUAAAAUCACCUGAAACAACUA